UCCCCGUGCGGCUGCGUCGCCCGCCGGCCGUCGCAGCCGCCUCCGCUGGGCUGCCCCCCCCCCCCCCCCCCCACCUAUUACCUUCACCCUCCACUACUGUUUGCUCUCCAUCCACGUGACCACAUCGUUCCGUCUCGGCCUAGGCGGUGCUCUCCCCUCCGGCCAGUUCCUGCCUCCGCCUCGACCGGCGGGAUCCUUCCGCCGCCGGCCUCGAGUAACGCUGGGGUCUAGAUCGAUGCUCUCCGACUCGCGCAGCGACGCAUGCGCAACUGUUGCCUGCUCUCGCAGCUCGCCUGCUCGUGUCUCCUGGGGCCCCGAGCGUGUUUUUGAUGAAUUGACUAAGGCGCUGAAAGAUCCUGCAGAUUUUGUAGAUUUUGAUCUGCCAUCUGCGUUGAAAGAAUGGAAGCUAGGCUACUAUAUACCAAUUAAGCGGAAUGUUUAUCUUACUAAGAAGCGGGUUGAAGAUGAUGGCAUUUUUUGUUCUUGCUCCCUUUCUUCUGGAUCACCAGUUACUUGUGGAAAAGAUUGCCAAUGCGGGAUGCUGUUCUCUUGUUGUUCAUCAAACUGUAAAUGUGAGAACAACUGUGCUAAUAAAUCAUUCCAGCUCCGACCUUUGUUCAAAACAAAAUUGAUUAAGACAGAGAAAUGUGGCUUUGGAUUGAUAGCCGAGGACGAAAUAAAGAAAGGAGAAUUUGUCAUAGAAUAUGUAGGAGAAGUUAUUGAUGACAGAACUUGCGAGGAAAGACUGUGGAAAAUGAAGAGACAACGUUACACUAACUUCUAUCUUUGUGAGGUCAGUAGCAAUAUGGUCAUUGAUGCAACAAACAAGGGGAACAAGUCCAGGUUCAUCAAUCAUAGUUGUGAACCAAACACAGAGAUGCAGAAAUGGACUGUAGAUGGAGAGACCCGAGUUGGAAUUUUUGCUCUUCGUGACAUAGAGAGAGGGGAGGAGCUGACCUAUGACUAUAAAUUUGUCCAGUUUGGAGCAGACCAAGAUUGUCAUUGUGGAUCUUCAAACUGCAGAAAAAUGGUUGGCACGUCUAAGUCGGUCAACUCAUUUAUUCUCCACAAUGGUAACUCAGCAAACUCACAAGAUCAGCAUGACAUGAAGAAAAGAAAGACAACCUCAGAUAACUGUAUUGGGGAAAUCAUCCGUUUAUGGGAUCGACGGGACAAAAUGUAUGCCUUCACAACUUCAAAUCUGGUUGAUGGUGUUAGAUGUCCUUUUAUUUAUCGUUUUCAGUUUCCGUCCCAGUUUAAACCCUUGUCUUUCAAUAUUCUGCCUUUCAGGUAUGUCCCAGCAGUUGUACAUGACUAUGAUGAGUACACUGGAAUGCAUACCUUACUGCUUGAUGAAGAAACUACUGAAAAAUUUGAUAUGAGAGAGGAAGAUUGGGACUUCCUACCGCGCCCAGAAGAUCCAGAAGAAGACUGAAUGUUGAAGGUUACAACGAUGACUAACUACUUAUAACAUAGUGCUAUAUUCAUGUUCAGGCCCUUCUUUUGUACAAUUGGCUGUUGUUAAAAUUUUCAAAAUAAUAAUAAUUUAUCCAGUUAUUUUUCUUUUUCCAGUUAUUUUUACAUGUUAUAGAAAUGCACUGAGAAUAUAUAACCAUAUGGUGCAAUAGGAAUAUUGUUUUACUUCUGUAGGGGGUGCUUGUGCUGUUUGGAUGAGAGAUAUUUAUUUGGAAAUCAUUAGGUCUCCUUUGGUUCA